AUGGCUUCUUCUUCGAGUAGCAUUGUUGGUGUGUUGGUUGGGCUUGGAGUUGUUCUUGCUCAUAUCCAUGGCUGCCUUGGAGCUGAUUAUAAAGCAGCUUUAACAAGUUCUUUGUUGUUUUAUGAAGCUCAAAGAUCAGGCAAAUUGCCCAGUGAUCAAAGAAUUAAAUGGCGUGGAGAUUCCGGCCUGCAAGAUGGCAAGGCUUCAGGCAUAGAUCUUGUCGGAGGGUAUUACGAUGCCGGCGACCACGUCAAAUUUGGGUUCCCAAUGGCAUUCACUUUGACAAUGUUAGCAUGGAGCGUGGUGGAAUACAGCCCCCAACUUGGCGCCAAACAUGAGCUACAAAACGCUCUUACCGCUAUUAAAUGGGGAACGGAUUACUUACUCAAGGCUCAUCCAGAACCCAAUGUGCUAUACGUUCAAGUUGGCGAUGGCGACUCCGAUCAUGGCUGUUGGAUGAGACCUGAAGAAAUGACCACGCCGCGUCCUGCCUACAAGAUCGACGCUCAGCAUCCCGGCUCCGACGUCGCUGCUGAGUCAGCCGCCGCUCUGGCCGCCGCUUCCAUUGCUUUCAAAGCUUCGGAUGGUCGAUAUUCCUCCAAGCUUCUUGGCCAUGCAAAACAGCUCUUUGAAUUUGCGAGGAAUCAUCAAGGGCUUUAUCAAAAUAGUGUUCCUGGAGUGGGACAGUUCUAUUCCAGCUCCGGAUUUCAGGAUGAAUUGUUGUGGGCUGCUGUCUGGCUUUAUCGUGCAACUGGGGAUCGAGCGUACCUUGAUUAUUUGGGUGGGUCGGGUAAUGCCGGUGGGGCAAGAACUAUGUUCUCUUGGGACGACAAGUUUGCUGGUGUUCAAAUCCUUGCGGCUAAGCUCGUUUUGGAUGGGAAGGUUCAGGGAUCAGGUGUGUGGUCAGAUUUCAAGAGCCAAGGUGAGCAAUUCCUUUGCUCUUGCCUCCAAAAGGGCAACAACAAUUUUAGGAAAACCCCUGGUGGACUCCUCUAUUUCGCCGAUUGGAACAACCUUCAAUACGUCACCACCGCCACCUUCCUCGCCACCGUCUACUCCGAUUACUUGGCUGCCAAACACGCCCCGAUGCAAUGCGUCGGCGGUCUCGUCCAGCCGCCUGAUCUCAUCUCCUUCGCUAAAUCUCAGGUGGAUUAUAUUCUAGGUUCAAACCCGAACGGAAUGAGCUACUUGGUCGGACUCGGUUCAAAAUACCCGAGCCAAGUUCAUCAUAGAGGAGCUUCCAUUGUUUCAAUCAAGACUAACCCAACCCCAGUCGAAUGUAAAGCGGGAUUUGACUUAUGGUUCCACAAGAACGCUCCGAACCCGAAUGUUUUAACCGGAGCAGUGGUCGGAGGACCCGACAUUAAUGAUCAGUAUAGUGAUACGAGGACCAAUUACAAUAUGGCUGAAACAGGAACUGCAAACGGGGCGCCAUUUGUUGGCGUCUUGGCACGGUUGGCUUGA